AUGAAUCCGUCGCCGUCGUCCACUUUCUUCCUGAUCUGCACGCUCCACGCGGCCGCCGCCGCCACGUGCGGCGUCCUGAUCAUGUUCUACCUGCGGGAGAUCACGGAGCUCGGGCACGGCGCGGCGACGGCGAGGUCGAUGCUCGGCUCGACGCCGCACGACCAGCUGGUGCUGCUCGUGUCGAAUUCGUUUGCGGGGCUGCUGCUGGUGGUGAUCGGGUGCCUGGUCUUCAUGGCGGGGAUGGUGAAGGACCGGGAGUUCCAGGGGCUCUUCGCGAAGGGGUGCGUGGGGCUGCACCUGGCGAUGGCGGUGUGGAGGGUUUGGUUCGAGCGGAGGUUGGAGGUUUUGGCGCGGGAUUGGCCGAGGCAGGUUGUUGGCGACGUCGUGCUGGCGCUCUCUUGGGUUUUCUUUCUGGUUUACACGUGGAGAGAUAAGUAUGAUUAG